AGAAGCAGAUUCACAAUUUCUGUUUCUUUAAAUGCCAUUGCCGCUGCUUCUUUCGGUGUUAUCCUUGCUAUCCAUGGCGCCAUCACCUCCACCAUCACUCACGUCGCCGUCACAGUCGUUGCCAUCGCCUCGGGUGCUUGUCUCUCCACCAAGGUUGACUUCUUCUGUUUUCGGUUUUGUUUCUUUUUUUCUUUUAUGGAGCAAUUGUUUGUGGUUGUUUGUGGAGAAUCUCUGUUUCUCUCAAGAACGAGCUAGCUACUGGUGAGAGCUUUAUUUUUGUUCUGUUUUUUCGAACUCUUAUGGGUGAUUAUUGGUCUUGAUUUUGCUACUUUUCUUUGUCUUGAUGGAACUAGAAUUUUCGGUUCUCUUUAAAUCAGUUCUCGCUGGUUUCUGUGUUGAUUUCGCUAGCAUUUUGGGUUCUGGUUUGCUACAGAUCGAGUCUCCGGUGGUUCAGGACUGUUUCUUUUUGAUUUAUUCGCAUCCACGUGAUUUGUCUUGAUUUGGUGAAAUUCGAAUGCGUGUAUUCGAGGUUUUUUUGUUGGAUUGUGAUUUAGUUUCUGUUUUGUUGUGUUUUAGUAGUGUCGUCGGAGUUAUCUAGGUUUGAGAAAAACCCAGAUUUGGGUUUGAUCAAACCCAGAUCUGGAGAGGAAGAAGAAGAGGGGAAGAGAGGAGAGAGAGAAAGAAUAAGAAAAGUUAAAAAAAGUC